UUUUAUUUUAAAGGUCUCGCGCUCUUAACUCAUCAAGCAGGCUAAACGGGUUGUCGGCAUGAUACGACACGCAAUAUAAAUGCAUGCAUGUCAUUAAUAUCAGCUAAUGCUGUUUAUUGGGAUGAGGUCGUCAGCAGUCAAACUGGUCACGCGAGCAAUUUCGCAAUGCAUCCGUGAUGUCAUUAAUACAUUUUUCAUGGCAGUUCAUUAAUGCAAGUAGGUCUGACAUACAGUUGAAUGGCAAUGAAUGACUCGAGACUGUACACUCCAGUGUCAACACUGUGAUGACACUCGCGAUGCGGACUUCAUCGUUUUAUCUUGCGCAGAUCGAGUAGCUGACCGUUGAUCCUACAUGUUGAUUGAUCACCGAUUGAUUAGUUGCAGUGAUAGCCUAGUUUCGUUUUCUCAUCAUGCUUCAUUUGGGAGAUGAGCUCACGCUGUUCUCUGUUGUCUUCAUCGUGGUUCUGCUGGGAUCCAGAAGCGCCGUCUGGCCCACGGUGCUCACGGGCUCUCUCUACCUCUUUCUGGUGAUGUUCCGGUUCCCGCAGGUCCCCUCCAGCCGGGCCAGACAGGUGCUUCGGCCCGGGACUAGAGUGUCGUCGGGCGGCGUGUCAGCGGUGGCGCACCGCGGUGGUGGACACGACGCUCCCGAGAACACCAUAGCUGCUAUACGAGCGGCGAGUGAGAAUGGAGCCACGGGUGUGGAGCUGGACCUGGAGUUCACGGCUGAUGGGGUUCCCAUACUGAUGCACGAUGACACCGUGGACCGAACCACAAACGGAUCAGGAGCACUGAGCAAGCUGCUCUUCUCUGAACUGCGCAAACUGGAUGCAGCAGCCAAACACAGAUUCAGUGACCGUUUCCGAGGUGAGAAGGUUCCAACGCUGCAGGAGGCAGUAGAGGAAUGCAUCAAGCGCCAGUUGACCAUCUACUUUGACGUCAAAGGUCAUCCAGAUGAGGCGGCUGCAGCACUGAAGGAGUUAUUCCGGAAGUAUCCAGUGCUCUACAACACAAGCAUCGUCUGCUCAUUUGAGCCCAAAGUCAUCUAUAGGAUGCGGCAGGCGGAUCAGAAUGUGGUGACCGCACUGACCCAUCGGCCGUGGAGUCUGAGUCUGUUUGGUGACGGAACGCCGCGGUUCUCAUCCGCGUGGAAGCACCACUGGAUGCAGGUGAUGGACGUGCUCCUGGACUGGGCCCAUCAUCACCUGCUGUGGAACCUGUGUGGAGUCUCGGCCUUCCUGGUGCAGAAGAACUUCAUCUCGCCGGACUAUGUGCAGUACUGGGCAGCCCGAGGUGUGCAGGUGGUGGGCUGGACGGUGAACACGGCUGUAGAGAAGCAGUACUACCAGCAACUACUGAAGAUCAGCUACAUCACUGACAGUCUCGUAGAGGACUGUGAACCUCACUACUGAAAUGCCACAUUGUACAAUCACCAGUUUAGGAAUUCAAGCAACUAAACUCUUCUGCUUCACUCAAAAUAUUAAAGUAUGCGUCUGUAAUGAAUUGCUCUGAUUUGGGAAGCAUGCUGUAGAAAGAGACUUGAAAUUUACAGGGUAAAAAAAAUGCUUUCAUUGUGUAAAAUUUAUAAUAUGGGAGAUAAAUAUCAAUGUUCGAAUGUACUGUACACACCCACUCAGGUGAGCCAAUUUGACUAUAUGCAUAUUAUAUCAUUGUUUUAUUUCCAUUUUAAUCGCAUUAUUGAAGAAGUGCAUUUUUGAGGAAAGAGAGGGGAAUUUAUUUAGUGAACCUGCUUUUCUUUUAUUGCUACUUAAAUUGUGUAGAAAAAAAAAUGUCUGAGCUACAGAAUGUUUAGGUUAAUGUACGGCUUCUCUCUCCUUCAUGAAAUUAGCUGUGUAUACCUUGCUAUUUGGGUUUAAUUCAUGCUUACAAGUCUGGUAGUAAUGAUAGCUAAUGAACAGUUUGCACAUAAAAUCACAUUUCUGUAGUUAUACUGACCUUAAGAGGGGUCAAGAAAUUUAUAAUGUGAGCGGGAUCUCAGGCAGCUACCAAACGAUGGACACAUAAUACUAAUUCAAGAUUAUUUGAAAGUGGCAUGUUCCUAUUUUCUCUGGUGGUUAUACUUAAAUAAAAUACAAUUUUUAAAUAGC